AUGAGCCAGAUCGCCGGACCAUCUGCUUCGGUAGCAGUCGAGACAGAGCUUGCAGCAGAACUGCUCCAGAAGAUCUCACCUGAAGAAGUGGAGGCAGGUACAGGAGCUCAGGAAGUAGAGCAGAAAUGGGGUCGAGUCCUGAUUUGCGGAGGCACCACCUGGGGCACGAAUGGCAAGAAGGAGCGGCCAGCCGACACUUCCACUGACCUACUCUUUCCGCAUAUCUUGCGAUCAAUAUGUCAUAUCAAAGUCGUCAAGAUCAUCACCGGCCCAGCAGCAAAUUACGCUAUUGCACUCGACAUCCACGGCAUUGCCAUCCUCUUCGGCCGCCUACCCAGCUCCCACUUCGCUCCAGGCAACGGCUACAUCUCGGAGCAGAUUCCUCGCAAGCUAUCGCCGAGGACACUCGGGAUGGGUAGGGAGGUCAAGUGGAUAAGCGGUGCGGCGGCGCGGAGCCACAUGAUGCUGCUUGCGAGCGAUGGCAGUGUGUGGGGGUGUGGCAAUAAUGUCUUUGGACAGCUUGGCUUGCCAGUCACCCCUGAAGUCCCAAAGUGGACCAGAAUCACCGGUCCAUGGUCCAAGCAGCCCGAUGUCAAGAUCGUCCAAGUGACAGCGGGGCAUUCGUUCUCUCUGUUCCUGACCAGCACGGGGCAGAUCUACGCUGCGGGAUCUAGCGAGUGUGGACAAGUCGGUAGCGGCAAGACUGGCGAGCGGCUGCUGAAAGGUGGCAAGAUAGGCUUUGACGUUGAGUCGCCCGCUCGGCUCGUAAGCGGUCUAUCCGGCAAGAAGAUAGUGCAGAUCGCAUCCGGAAACCAGCACUCGCUUGCUUUGGAUGAUGAGGGAUACGUGUACGCUUGGGGCUUUGCGGGAUACUCCAGGCUGGGCCUGCAGGAUCAGAAGGACCGUAUGGUCCCGACAGUUGUCCCCUCUUUCACUGGCAAGAACGAGUUGUCUCGGGGCGCUUCGGUUGUUUGCGGACCAACCAACUCGGUUGUCAUCGACAGACAAGGGGUGUACUAUAUGGCUGGAAAAUGGAAGAAUACGGGUGACGGCUCACAUGGUGCACCUUACACCUCAUUCAAACCAAUACACGAUAUCAUGGGCUGCAAAGUCAUCAAGGCCUCAAGCGGAGGAUGUACCCACUUCUUGACCACGCCAGAUCCGGACGGAGGAACAAUGACGGUCGGAUUUGGGCAGGGCUGUCUAUACGGAGAGCUUGGUCUCGGAGCAGAAGUCGGCAAAUCCUCGACCAAACCAACAAAGCUGGAAGGCCUGAUCGGUAUCGAUGUCAUCGAUAUCGCUGCUGGGGCCUUCUGUACGCUCUUCCUCGCUCAUCCCAACGCUGCAUUGACAGAAAUCUCCCGGUGGCCCGUUCAUGUCAGAACGCCCGACAUCUGCAUCGUGUGCAAGAUCAAGACGGGCGACCCGCUCGAGUGCGAGCGAUGCGAUAUGCCAUACCACCUCGGUUGUCUGAAUCCUCCCUUGAGCGAAUUACCGGAAGGCGAGUGGUUCUGCCCGAAAUGCCAAGAAGAUAUGGAAAGGAAUCCGGCGGACGACGUCGCAUUGCUCGAGGCGGCCAAUGUCCUAGCUGCGGCGGCGAUGAACAGGCGCGUCCAGGCGGAAGCUAGCAAGGCGAAGGCGAAAGCUGCGGCCCCCAAGGCAAAGCGGAGUACUGCAACACGCAUGCGGACCGCAUCGGCAUCGGCUUCGGCGAAGGGGAGCAAUUCGCCCAAGUCGGCGAAAGGGAGUCCGGGAGGCAAGAGGAAGGCAGAGGAGCAGGGUGGGCGGCCGAAGAGCCGGCUGCAGCACGAGAUGGGGGAAGAUGAGAUGGAGGACGAUGAUGACUAUGGGGAUUUGUACGAAUGA